AUGACCAAAGGCAGCGUUCUUGUCGCCGGAGGAGCAGGCUACAUAGGCUCGUUCACGUCCCUCGCGCUUCUUGAGGCGGGAUACAAAGUCGUGAUUGCGGAUAAUCUGUACAACUCAUCCGACGAGGUGCUGAAUCGCAUUGAGUUGAUUUGCGGAAAACGGCCGGGCUUCUACAAUCUGGACGUGACCGAUGAGGCGGCUUUUGAUCGAGUGUUUGAUGAAAACCCGGAUAUCGAUAGCGUGAUACACUUUGCUGCCUUGAAGGUGAGAGUUGGAGAAUCCGGCGAGAGGCCACUGGAUUACUACAAUGUCAACGUCUACGGGACGCUGUGUCUUCUUCGUUCGAUGGUCCGCCAUAAUGUCACCAAUAUCGUCUUUUCGAGCUCCGCAACCGUCUACGGCGAUGCUACUCGUUUCGAGAAUAUGAUCCCUAUCCCGGAGAUAUGUCCCCUGGGCCCAACCAACCCCUAUGGGAAUACCAAGGUGAUCGCCGAAACUGCAAUUACCGACGUCAUUACAUCAGAGCGCAACAAAGCGACCAAGGCUGGAAAGCCAGAAGAUGCUGAGAAAUGGAACGCGGCUUUCUUGAGAUACUUCAACCCAGCCGGUGCCCAUCCGAGUGGGAUUAUGGGUGAAGAUCCACAGGGUGUGCCGUACAAUUUGCUUCCGCUGCUCGCCCAGGUAGCUGUCGGAAAGCGGGAGAAGCUCUUGGUUUUUGGGGAUGACUAUGCUUCCCACGACGGAACCGCUAUCCGCGACUACAUUCAUAUCCUUGACCUUGCUGCAGGUCAUCUCGAAGCCCUCAACUACCUCCGUGACCAUCAUCCCGGCGUCCGCGCUUGGAAUCUGGGCACUGGCAAAGGUAGUACUGUGUUUGACAUCAUCAAGGCUUUUAGCAAGGCAGUGGGCCGUGACCUGCCGUACGAGAUUGCUCCUCGUCGUGACGGCGAUGUUCUCGAUUUGACUAGUAACCCGUCGCGCGCAAAUCAGGAGCUGGGCUGGAAAGCGACAAGAACGCUCGAGCAAGCUUGCGAGGACCUUUGGAGGUGGACGGAAAAUAAUCCUCAGGGAUAUAGGCAGUCACCUCCGGAAGAGCUCCUUGCGAACCUAAAAUCGAAUUAA